ACCGUGGAGCCGUGUAUCCGCACGGUUAAAAAAAAAAGGAAAAAAAGAAAGAGGAGAAAAAAAAAGGAAGAUAUCCACCCACAAACAACUCAAUCCACCAAUUAAUACAAUCAAAUUUUAUUAUAUAUAUUUUUUUUUCACGAGAAACUGGUGUACCACUGUUCAGAUACCCCAAUCCCAACAAUUAGUUCCCUCCCCUCCCCUAACCCCCCACCUAAAAAAAAUCAACAGAGUGAAUGACGAAAAGUGUGAAGUGAAAAAAUUGUAAUAAAUAUACGAAUAACGAAUUUAGUGGCAAUUGUUGGUUUGGUAUUGCAGUGAAUUUGUUUUGCCUUUUGGUUGGUGAGAUAACUGUGGUGAAUUGAGAGAGUAAAACUGGCAACAGACUUUUUCUCGAAUGGAACAUCAAAAUAAAUAGAAAGAGAUUAUUGUACGGAUGGAUGUAACUGGCCAGUACCGGGCAUUUGGCUCGAGCAUUAACGCAUUGUGAAACAAAAUCCCGGCUGAAUGAUUGCAUAUGGGCGUUCUGAAUGUGCCGUAUCCGCUGGAAUCGUCAAGGUGGUGGUAGCAGAUCAGUCAAGAUUACAGGCACUUGUCAACCUGUGAAAUAACAACUAAAACAACAAGGAAAAUAUAGGACAAAUUGAUUGAUUAUUCAACCGGAGAGGAGUAUUUCAACGAAGAAUAAAGAGAAAAAGAUUUUUGUUUACCCAAGUGUCGAGUGAAAAGUGAAUUUUUUUUUUGUUCUAGUGUUGAUAAUAUAAAUAUUUGUGACGUGAUAAGGAGAAUAGAGGUGAUACGUGGUCAGUUAAAGUGGCUGUUAAAACGUCUGAGACGUUAGGUUUAAUUCGAAUAAAAAAAAUCACCGUGGCAUCAAGAUAAUAUCGGUCGUAAGGAGGCAGCCGAGAGCAGGCAAUAGCCGCCUCCUGCCCUGGAUAUUCAACAGCCUCGGCAUUAUAAAAUAUUGUUAAAAAAAAUUUUUCUACAAAAUUAAGAAUUUUGAGAGGGUUCGAGUGCUCCCUAAUUUCUCCCUCCUCCCUCCGAGGAUUCUGCUUGAUAUAAAUCAUGGCGUGCUGCCUGUCGGAAGAGGCUAAGGAACAGAAGCGAAUUAAUCAGGAGAUAGAGCGGCAACUUCGGAGGGACAAGCGAGAUGCCAGACGGGAGCUUAAACUACUCCUUCUGGGUACUGGUGAAUCGGGAAAAUCCACGUUCAUCAAGCAGAUGAGAAUUAUCCACGGCUCUGGAUAUUCGGACGAAGACAAGAGGGGAUUUAUCAAGCUCGUGUACCAAAAUAUAUUCAUGGCAAUGCAGUCCAUGAUCCGAGCGAUGGAUCUCCUUAAAAUUCAAUAUGGAGAUUCUUCGAAUAUAGAAAAAGCGGAAUUGGUUAGAAGUAUAGACUUCGAAACGGUAACAUCAUUUGAGAGUCCAUAUGUAGAAGCCAUUAAGGAUUUGUGGGCAGAUGCUGGUAUUCAAGAGUGUUACGAUCGUCGACGAGAAUACCAACUAACGGAUUCAGCCAAAUACUAUCUCAUGGAGAUAGAUCGAGUGGCAGCACCAAACUACCUCCCCACAGAACAGGACAUUCUUCGUGUGAGAGUGCCCACAACUGGUAUAAUUGAAUAUCCAUUUGACUUGGAAGAAAUACGGUUUAGGAUGGUAGAUGUCGGCGGACAGAGAUCUGAAAGAAGAAAAUGGAUUCAUUGUUUCGAAAAUGUCACUUCCAUCAUAUUUUUAGUAGCUUUAAGUGAAUAUGAUCAAAUUUUAUUCGAAUCAGAAAAUGAAAACCGAAUGGAAGAGAGUAAGGCGCUAUUCAAAACGAUCAUAACAUAUCCCUGGUUUCAGCACUCCUCCGUUAUUCUCUUUUUAAAUAAGAAGGAUUUGCUCGAGGAGAAGAUCAUGUACUCUCAUCUCGUCGAUUACUUUCCAGAAUAUGACGGCCCACAGAGAGAGGCCACAGCUGCUAGAGAAUUCAUAUUAAGGAUGUUUGUCGACUUGAAUCCCGAUAGCGAGAAAAUUAUUUAUUCUCACUUCACAUGCGCCACAGAUACGGAGAACAUUAGAUUUGUGUUUGCGGCGGUUAAGGACACAAUUCUUCAGUCAAACUUGAAGGAAUACAAUUUGGUGUAGGUUUGGACAUUGUGAUAUCCCACAGAGGAUUCAUCUGUAUUUAAUCAAAGCUCCAGAUGCCAAAAAUCUGCAAGCUUUAAGCACAAAAUAAUAACAAAACAAAAGAAAAAAAAAAAAUGAUGAAAUUCACAAAGAAAAACGGACUUUGUUGAACAAACUCGUUAAAUAAGAUUUAAAAAAACAACAAGUCGUAACAAUGGAAACAGAAUUAUGACUAUUGGAGAUGACCGCCAUGGGAGAUAAAAAAGGAGUCGAAGGGGUGAAUAUAAUGAUGGAAUAAAUCGCGAAGUAAUAUUUAAAAAAAUAAUUGUAUGAAAAUAAAAAUUUUAAAGAAAUAUAUGGAAAUAGGCUGGAAAAUGAUCGAAUGACUCGUGAUGCUGCGUCAGUUUCACGAGUGUACCAACAUUUUAGUUAGCUAAAAAAAAAAAAUGAAAAUUUCCAGCAAAUGAAGAUUUAAAAAAUGGAAAAAAAUAAGGACCUAACUCUGAGCGUUAUACGUUCUUUCCUAAAAAAAAAAAACUUUUCACUGUCGAUACCAACAAACUGAUUUAGUUUCGUACUCUAUUUGUUGAAUUUGUUACCUUUUUAUAGCUUAGCUUAGUCGAUCGAGCCUGGCUGACUGCGACAUCGCCUGAUUUUUAUAUAAACGAUUAAAAAAAAAUUAAUAAAUAUUAAUUAAUGGGCAAAAACUAUUAAGAAAACAAAAGUAAAUAGUUCAUGCAUACUGCGCGUUUCGUCUUAUGGGAUCUCAAGUCGAUGUGUGGGGGAUAUAUAAUGAAAUUAUUAUUGACAAUGAUAAAUUUGAGGGGUUGAGCAAUGAGUGAGACAAAAUGGAAAGGAAAUUUAAAAAUAGGGGGACAACAAAGCUUUUUACAAAUCACGAGUAAGUCGGUUUAAACACAAGUGAGAGCGAUUCUAGUGCCAUUUACUUGCGUGGUGUUUCUAUUGCAGUCCUUCGUUUAAUUGCAAAAAAGCCAAAGUGUUUUAUUCUUUUUCUUAAUCUUCUUUUCUUUUUUUUUUUAUUGUUUUCGUUUUUUUUUAAUUUGUAUUUUAAAAGAGACGAGGAAAAUGAUUUUUUUAAUGAAGAAUAAAAUCUGUGCAAGAAACGACGAAGUUUUUUUCUGCAUGUGACUCAAAUCCAAGAAAUUCAUCGUAUAAAUAUUGUUAUAUAUAAUAUAUAAAAGAAAAAUGAAACAUAGGGAUAGGUGGUCGAGGAUAAAGAGCAGCAUCAACUUGCAUCGAUGAGGAAAGAAACAAAAAUAUUUAAUAAAUACCAUUGAGAGAUACAACAAGAUAGAAGGAAAAAUGAAUCGAAUAAAAUAAAAAAAUCUCCUUUACAUUACGAAAUAAUUAGAAAAACGGCAUCUCUUUGAUGUGAAAACUUUAGGUAAUUUGAGGAUGAAUAAUGACAGACUAAUUAUUUGUCUCUGUUAUUUUUCACCUUCUUCAAAUGCGACUGUUUUAGAACGAAGUUACGUCGGGAUUUUUCACGUUAAUAAUUAAACAAAAAGAUGAUACUAAUCACGAUGCGGGAUUCAUCACAAUUUUUUCACCACGAGACUUGGUUAUUUAUAUCAUUUCAAAAUCAUUAUUGUGACCCUUUUGAAAGUAUGAAGAAAAUCAUAAAUCUAUUGUCGUAUUUGUAAACUUGAUAAAAUCGGUUAAUUAUUUAAUCAUUUUUCUAUAAAGGGCGAUUCUAGGAUAAAUCAUCGCGAAACAUUUUUUAUCGCGAAAACCACUGGAAUGGGGAAGAAACUUUGUGGCAUGGAUUCUCCACCAAAAAGUGAUAGAAAUUUUUGAAAAACGAUUUGAAUGAUUUGUUCACUUCAUAGGAACAUGAUUCUCCGAGUGGAGUGUGAUCGGAUGGAAUGAAUAAUUUUAAUAACCAUUCAAAAAUUCGAGGUGGUGAGGAGAUUCGUGGAGUGCCAUUUUGUCGAGCCCCCUCUUUGUCCAUAGGGUUUUAAAUAUGGCGACGCUCCACCUCGCAUUUUCACAUAAUUAUUAAAAUCAUUCAUUCACUUCAAAUCACUUGCAAUUAGUUUUAAUCUAUUCCUAUGAACUGAACAAUUCUUAAUUUCCUAUCCUGCAGAUAUUUCAAUUUAUUUUUAGUGAUAAUCCAUCCUAGUUUCCUUCCACCCGAGGCGUGAAACUGGAAAAAUCAUGAGUUCUUCGGCCAUGAAAGGAGUAAAAUGUGACUCUUCGCAUUUUCAAAUUGUUCACAUAAAACAGUCACUAUCAUAUUUUUUAUUGAGAAGAUGUAGUGAAAAAAAAUGUUGAAAAUAUCCCAACGUCACUACAGAAAUGCCCAGAAGUCGCGUGUGCAGCUAGAGACAUGAGCCCCCAAAUCUCCUAAAAAAAGGGGAAAAACAUAAAUCGAAAUAAUGAAAUAGUUUAGAUUGGCUCAUGUCUUUAGCUCCGCUUCGUAUCCACCUUUACAGUGUCACUGCUCACUGCCUGCGCUCGCUCAUGCUAGCCAGCGCGCUGCCCACUGGUAUUCUCUGGUAAUUAGCUAGUAUUCUCUAAGUUCAAUCCUAAAAUCAAUCAAUUCUCCAAUCAACCCAUUGAUGCCCAUUGGCAGCUCCACUGAGAAAAAACUGGACAAAUUCUCGGACGAAAUAAAUAACACAAUGAUAAUUACUAAAAUUGAAAUAGCUCCCUUAAACGCAGAAUUAUGCAAUAUUAAUAAUUGCUAAACUGUCAGCACAAAGUAAACCAGAAAUAUCUUAUUUCUAAGCCACAGGAUUGCUAUCGUCAUUGUUGUUAUUAUUGUUUUUAAUAAUUCUGUAGGGAAGUGGUAAAACGAGGUAAGUUAACUGCGUGUGUUCCUUCUGGUGAUUUUCCGGGAAUAUCUCCGAAGGUGAGGGAGGGAGGAUAAUUGAUGUGAUGACCUUUCUUGGAGGUAUCGAUUUACUCUCCAAAAAUGAUCCUCACUGAAAAUCUGGUAUCUCUCUCAAUUUCGGAGAUAUUUGCAAUAGACUCAUCUGGUGUUGAAUUGUGAACUCGGAUGUCAUUUUUUCGAUUCCCGUUUCCGGAAGAAAUAUCUUAGUACUGAGGGGAGAUAGCGAUAUUUUCGUAAAGACAUUUUUUGUAGCUCCUACUUUUUUCUAUAAAAAGGGUUUAUAUGAAAAUAUUCCUAUUUUUCUUUAAUUACGAGGUAUCAGCUGAAAACGAGUGGAAAAAUACAAUUAUUCUAGUUUAACAGUUUAUCGUGCAAUUUAUAUUUUUUCUCUGAAUAUUCGGUAGCCGAAAUGGAUAAAAACUGGUCCUUGUUUCUCAUGAAACAAACAAUCUUCGGGACCAAAAUACGUAUGCUAGUAUAGAAUAAACGAAUAGAUAGUGCUAGAAAUAGGAUUUCUCGCGUGCAAAGAAAGUUAUCAAUUUUCCUUUCGAAUUUCUUUUCGCAACAAAAAAAAACUUCCAAACCAUAUUCCAUAUUUAGUAAUAAUCACUGUGUAAUUCGCCAUUCGACUAGAACUUGUUUAAAAAUGUUUUUUUGUUCACUCAGUACACGAGUUCAGGGUAUCAAUUCCGCUGAUUAUUAAUAACAAAAAAAAAAACGUUGA